AUGGUGUGGCGAUGUCCGCUAGUCAGAGAACCCAGUGGAGCCCCUCCUGGAGGCAGCCGGCCCCCCAGACCGCGCCCCCCAGCUGGCCUGGCCGCCCGCCCCCUCACCACCGGCAGCCCAGCCACACCUCCUGGCACCGGCUGCAGUCCUGGCUGCCCCGAGGACGUCGCCCCACCCCCUACUGGAAAAAAAUCACGGUACCCGCAGUUGCUCCAGUACGUCGCAGCAGAGGAGUUGAGGAAGAGUCGCGAGGGCAGUGAGGGAAGCCCGGCGCAGCUGGAAGGCCGGCCGCCGCUGGCUGACAGCCGGCUCUCUCUGUGUGUCCCCCAGGCAGCUGGUCGGCGCCGUCAGGCGGUGGCGGCUGGCAAGCAGCGACUGCCCGCGCCCGCACAGCCGUCUCAGCCACACAAAUUCUUGUUGCGAGGGUUUCGGCAGGGCGGCCUGCGUGCCGGCGACGCCUCGGCACAGUCUGCCUCGGUGCGCAGCGUGUUGGGCGCACCGCAGUGGGCGGCGAGGGGCGGAGCCGAGCCGCCCCCCUGGCGGCGAGACGAGCGUGCCGCGGCCUCGCCAGCCCCUAAACGCGGGGGCGUGGCGACCGAUGCCGGUCGCUGA